AUGACUAAAAUAGGCAUUGGAAGAACCACAACUCAAGAGGGUUAUCCUUUAUCAGCAACUGACAUGCCAUUAAAAGACGAAUUGCUUACCUCCUCUAAGUUAGUGAGUAAUAGCAUUAGAAAAUCUCAAUUAGCAUCUUUAGCUAGUUUUUCAUUUUAACAUAUUUUUUUGAUGCAACACAAAUUAUAAUUAAUAACUAUCAUAAUAAUAAAAUUUUAAGCAAAUUAUAUUAAUUUAGACAAAUAUGCUCUCAAAUAUUCGGAAAAUUUGUAUUUUUUCAAACACUAAAAUAAAUUUUUAUAUUAUAAUAAUAAUCUCUAGCCAAAGAGGGUUAGCCAAAUUACGAUAGGCCGUUUCUUGAAAUUUUCAAAUGACUCAAUUGAAAUGACACAAAUAAAAAAUGGCGACAUCUCCUAUCCGUCCUCUCCCGGACCUGCUUCGAGUUUGGGGGCCUUGCUACGUCCUGAAGCCAAACCGAGCAGGAAACGGAGUCUACGGGUACUGGGCAUUUUCGGUUGGGUUUUGCCUCCCUUGUCCGGUAAUGAAGAUCUUGUGUCUUCCCAAUGGACAAGAGAGAAAAAGUUUUUUAUUCCUAGAGACCACUAGUGCCGACGACGAAGGCAUGGCUGGUGCCGAUACUAGCUAUACCAAGCUGUAAUAGUCACUUAAGCAGCAGCCGUCAAGUCCCAAACCUACAUACUCCAAGGCUCCGAGACAGUAUUAAGAACUAGGCCGAAAGCUGGAGGAGAGCUAUCUCUGAUGGAAAUGCUGACAUACCCAGGGAGGUAGCUAGCAGCUAAACGAGUCUUCUAAGAAGAUUCGACUCGGAUAAGACGUAAAAGGAGAAAGAGCCCUAAUCUUUAGUUAAUGUUAAUAUAAUGAUUCAAUAGAAAUGAUGUACCAAAAUCUUAUAGUGAACUGAAAUCGGUACCCUGAAAAAAUUACAAAAUCAUUUAAGCAAGAUUUAAGACUGUACUUAUAUAGUUAUUAUCUACUUUCCAUUGUUUACUUAAUAUUAUACAUUGUCGCAACCUCUGAUCAUGAUAGUGGAAAUAUAAGUGCUUGCACAAUUGGACUGAUGGCAGGACAUAUGCUCUUCAGCACGAUUAUGUAUUUUCUUAGCUUUUAUACAGAUUUAUUUAGAUCGUUAAGAGCUUCAGCUUUAAUUCUCACAUACUUGAUCAUAGCUGCAAUUUUAAUAAUCAACAACCAACCUAUUCAAGAACUAAUUUUUGAUGAAAAAAUGGAUCACUAUAUGUCAUGCAUGCUUGGCCUUCUGAUUCUUCUGUCUGUCUCGAGUUCAAUUAUCCAUACAAAUUUAUCCUGAUUUUUUAUCAUAAACUCGCUGAUUGCUAUUUUCUAUUUGAUUAUACACCUCUGUUCAGACCAAAGCAUAUCAACAACUUUUUUUGAAUUUUCAAUUUAUAUUUCAAGGGUUUUUAUUGAGUCUAAAAAAUUUUACCUGCACGAAAUAAUCUCUCGUGAAAAAUUUUUAGCUUUCAAAAGAAAUGGAGAAGACCACAUUUCUUCUAGCGAGCCGCAAACAGAAAUAGAAGAAAUUAUGGGGUACCUCAAAGAGUCAAUUGAGUGCACAAAGCUGCUGUCACAAUCUGUGAUACCAACGAGAAGUAAAAUAGGAAGAGUACAAGAAUUAUUAAAUAAAGUCAUAGAUAUCAUAAGAUCCAAAAGCAAUAUUUAUAAAGUCAGCAUUGAUGCUAUCACCAAAAAUCUAGAUGAAGAUGAUAGAGUUUUUAUAAAGGAAACAACCAACGAUUCUCAGCCGAUAGCGAAGCUUAGAAGUAAAAUCAAGAUAAGGAAAACUGACGAGAUCAUAACAAUCCAUAAAGCAUAUAACACAGAUGAGCUUAUUGGCGUUCUAAAACAAAUUGGAAAAAACUGGAAUUUUGACAUGUUUUUCGUGAGAGAAUGCACACAGAAUCAGCCUUUAUCAACAAUGGGGAGGUAUUGCAUAAAAAAAUACACCCUCGACGAAACGCUGAACAUAAAUGAUGAAGUUUUUAUGAACUACUUUUAUGAGCUGGAAAUGAGGUAUAAAGACAACCCCUAUCAUAACUCGACACAUGCAGCUGAUGUGCUAGCGUCAGCUAUGUUUAUGAUUAACCGCUCAUUGUUAGCUGACUUGCUCUCUGAUUUUGACUUGCUUGCUACUAUUAUUGCAUCUUUGGGACACGAUGUUGCCCAUCCUGGCUUUACCAAUAGGUUUCUUAUUAACAACAAAGAUAUUUUAGCAAUAAAUUGUAAUUUCUAAGCAGACAAUGAUUACUCAGUCCUUGAAAUGAUGCACUGCUCAACCACUUUUCAAAUAAUGCAAGAAGACCACUCCAAUAUUUUAGUGUCUUUGGAUUUCGACCAUUAUUUAGCUGUGAGGAAGUUGAUCAUUGAGAUGAUCCUUUCUACUGAUAUGAGCAAGCAUUGGGACUUUUUGGCACAAUUUAAAGCAAAAACACUAACUGGACCAAAAAAUAUCGAUAAACUUGAGCAGAGGGUCGACGUGCUGAAAUUGGUAAUAAAAUCAGCUGACGUAGGCCACGCUGCAAAAACAAGGGACUUGCACUUAAAAUGGAGUAGGCUUGUAUGUGAAGAGUUUUUUGCACAGGGUGAUAUCGAAAAAUCUAAAAAUCAGCAGGUUUCGAUGUACUGCGACAGGGAAACUACAGAUAUUCCUAAAUCACAAGCAGGGUUUAUUAGAAACAUUGUACUACCUCUCUAUGAAGUUUUAGCUGGAUAUUUUGCAAGUCCUUAUAUUGACGAAAGCUGCUUAGAACAGGUUAAAGUGAAUCUUCUUACUUGGGAAUAUGAAAUGGGCAGAAACCGUGUAAAAACUCUGACGCAGCCUGGGGAAUCCAUAGGAGACACUGACAAUAUGGCUGCAGAGACACCCAGGUACAGAAGGGUGGGAACACAAAUCAUGAAAAUUGAUCCUGAUACUAUUUCUUGGCUUCAGAAAAAAUACCAAGCUAGUUAG